AUGGGGGAGAAAUCGAAGUCGAGAGGAUGGUGCGGUUGGUUUAUAGCGAUUAUCGUAUUGGCUGCUGUUGUGCUCGCCGUCGUUUACACGGUCAGAUCGAGACUGAAGAAACCCGAUGAAGAUAAACCUGACGAUGGUCCUGUUCCUGGUCCUCCCGGCGCCAUUGAUAAGAAAUACGCCGACGCUCUCAAGCUCGCCUUGCAAUUCUUCGAUAUCCAGAAAUCUGGGAAACUGGAGAACAACAAGAUACCUUGGAGAGGAGAUUCGGGACUCGAUGAUGGAAGUGACGCGAAACUGGAUCUUUCCCAAGGGCUUUACGACGCUGGGGAUCACAUAAAGUUUGGUUUCCCGAUGGCUUUCACUGCCACUGUUCUGUCAUGGUCGAUUCUCGAGUACGGUGAUCAAAUGGAUGCAGUGAACCAAUUAGAUCCUGCAAAAGAAACUCUCCGAUGGACCACCGACUUCUUCAUCAAAGCUCAUCCUUCUGAUAAUGUCCUCUAUAUCCAGGUGGGAGAUCCAAAAAUAGAUCAUAAAUGCUGGGAGAGACCAGAGACCAUGACAGAGAAGAGACCGCUGAUCAAAAUCGAUGCAGAAACUCCAGGGACAGAGGUUGCUGCGGAGACAGCAGCAGCUAUGGCCUCUGCGUCUCUAGUGUUCAAGCAAAGCGACCCUCAGUACUCAGCGACGCUUCUGAAACACGCGAAACAGCUGUUCGAUUUCGCAGACAGUAAGAGAGGCUCUUACAGUGUCAACAUCCCAGAGGUUCAGACGUAUUACAACUCGACGGGGUUUGGGGACGAGCUGCUUUGGGCGGCAAGCUGGUUGUACCAUGCAACAGAGGACAAGGCUUACCUCGACUAUGUGACUAAACAUGGAAAGGAAUACGCUAGCUUUGGAAAUCCGACAUGGUUCAGUUGGGACAACAAGCUUGCAGGAACACAGGUACUGUUAUCAAGGUUGCUCUUCUUUAAGAAAGACUUAUCAGGAAGCAAGGGGCUUUUCAGUUACAGGGAUACAGCUAAAGCUGUCAUGUGUGGGCUUCUACCAAACUCUCCUACAGCUACAAAGAGCAGAACAAGAGGUGGACUUGUAGCGGUCAGUGAAUGGAACUCUCUGCAACAAUCGGUUUCCGCAGCAUUCUUAGCCUCGCUCUUCAGCGACUACAUGCUCACUUCCCGUAUCCAUAAAAUAUCUUGCGAUGGGAAGAUCUUCAAAGCAACAGAGCUCAGAGAUUUCGCCAAAUCACAGGCUGAUUACGUGCUGGGGAAGAACCCGAUGGGGAUGAGCUUCGUGGUAGGUUACGGAGACAAGUACCCGGAGUUUGUGCAUCACAGAGGCGCUUCGAUUCCGGCGGAUGCGACGACGGGGUGCUUAGAGGGAUUCAAGUAUUUCAACUCGACGGAACCAAACCCGAACGUAGCCUACGGUGCGCUCGUUGGUGGGCCUUUCUUCAACGAGACGUUCCGCGACAUACGAGACAACCCGCAGCAGAACGAGCCAACCACUUAUAACAAUGCACUCCUCGUUGCCCUCUUGUCUAGUCUCGUCACUACCUCUUCUGCUCUACAAUCAUUGAACUGA